AUGUCCCUCCUAUUAGCGCCCGUCGGAGCGGACGAAGAGAUAAAGCACUCCGAAAAUGCGCCGGGACCAUCGAAGCCUCGCGCUCCGGGAAGGGCUCCUGCGGGCUCGACAAGGGGUACCAACAUGGUCAUGGCCAGUCAUGGGCGGUCGCCGUGGUACGACCCGGAUGGGAAGAAUGUGGAUGCCUAUGUCAUCGGUAUAGCAGGAGGGUCUGCUUCGGGAAAGACAUCCGUGGCUCGAGCAAUCCUCUCGGCCCUGAACUUUAUCCCUACCGUCCUUAUCCUCUCCCAAGAUGCCUUUUACAAGCACCAUACGCAAGAGGAGAUAGAUCUUGCAUUCAAGAGUGACCUAGAUCUGGACCAUCCGGAUGCGAUAGACGUACCGCUGUUCGAAAAGUGUCUUCGAGAUCUGAGACUCGGCAAAGCGACUGAAAUACCGGUAUACUCUUUCGUACAUCACCAGCGUAUGCCAGAGAAGAAGCACCUGUACGGAGCAAGUGUCAUCAUCGUCGAGGGUAUCAUGGCGUUGCAAUCCCCCGAGAUGCGGGCGCUGUAUGACCUGAAGGUCUUCGUCAACUGUGAUUCAGAUCUCAUGCUUGCUCGACGGAUCAAGCGGGAUAUCAAGGAAAGAGGGCGAGAUGUCGAUGGCGUGCUCGAUCAAUAUCUCCGCUUUGUCAAGAACAGCUACGACAACUUUGUCCAGCCGUCGUCUCGGCAUGCUGAUAUCAUUGUACCUGGAUCGUCCAAUCACCUCGCUAUCGAAUUACUAGUCACCCACGUAAAGCGGCAGCUCGAUUCCCGCUCAUUGCGGUUCCGAAAACUUCUGGCGAAUAUGGAAGAACACGAUGUCAACGGGAAAAGCGUGACGGGUCAGCGUACACCAUCGGCAGACGAUCACACUCUGAUACUUCUGGAGCAAACCAACCAGCUCAGGGGUAUCAUCACCAUCCUUCGCGACCGAAACACGGAACGAGGCGACUUUAUCUUUUACGCCGACCGUCUAUCUACCCUCAUCGUCGAAAAGGCUUUGACAUUGAUACCAUACCAGCCUAAAACUGUCAAUACCCCCUUGAACCUGAAAUAUGAAGGAGUAGAGGUGAAGGAAAAGAAUCUUAUCGGAGUAUCGAUCUUGCGGUCUGGCGGUCCAUUCGUCCACGGUCUCCGUCGAGUCAUCCGGGACGUUCCUGUUGGCGCCAUGCUUAUCCAAUCUGAUCCGAAAACUGGCGAACCGCUUCUUCUUCGCGUGGAUUUACCGCAAAGCGUCAAGUCGGCGGAGACCAGCAAAGACGCCAGAGUCCUUCUCCUUGAUAGUCAAAUGGGUACCGGGGCUGCAGCAAUGAUGGCCAUCAAGGUCCUCCUCGACCACGGCGUCCCACAAGACAACAUCAUCUUCCUCACAUUCCUCAUCUCCCGUCGCGGCCGAUAUGCCGUACAUCACGCCUUCCCCCAAGUCCGAAUAAUCACUGCAGCAAUCGACGACGGUCUGCGGGAAAUGCACCUCCCGCUCACGUCGGUCGUCAUGGGCGAAGCGGCCGGCGAUGCCGAUUUCGCCGUGCGGCUCGUGGAUGACACGGAGGAUAUUGAGGAUGAUGGACUGGCUGAGAACGGCAGGGAGGACUGGCGGGAGGGUGUGGAGGGAUUGAAGACUGAUGGGAAGGGAGCGGGUGACGGGUUCAAGAUGCCUGAAAGGAGGACCGAGGAGUUGAGGUUCUCGAGGUCGAAGAAGGGCGAGGAGCGGAAGGAGAAGCGUGCUUGGGUGGUCACUCCUGGCUUUGGGCAUAUUGGCGAUCGAUACUACACAUCCUGA